AUGCGGACCGGCAAUUCGAUGUCGGAAAACGACUUUGCGGCGGGCGCGGCGGGCGGGACCGCGGCUACGGAUGUUAACGGCGGGCUCGAGAAGGUUGAGAGCAAUCCCGAUGACGAUUGGAGCCCGGAACCCCACUCCUGCUCUUCGUCGCCGGUCAGCGAGGAUCAGCGGAGCGCAAAGAGGAAGAGGGAGGAUGAGACCCUCGUUCCUGACAGCGAUGAGGACAGUAGCUUUGAUGGCGAAGACGAUAAGCUCUACAAGCGAUCGAAGACGGGUGGUUCGGUCACCGAGGAUGCCGCGGCUGGGAGGCAGGAAGACGGGGAAUGUGCCUCGCAGGCCAUAGCGGACAGCAAAGACAACACCGGAGACAUCUUCACCGGCGGCCUAUACCAAAUCUAUUUGCUUGCCUCGCGGGGAUUGUCAGCCAACGCCCCCUCCGCCGCCUCGGUUUCCCUCAUUCCUCAUCCGCCAUCAACCUGCGGCGACCCCGGGAACGAAGCGUCUCCAGCCAUGCAUGAUAUCAACUUCGGUCUCAUUGCUUGCGCCACCUACGCCGGUCGGGCCGACAAGCAGACGGCCGAUUUAGAGGCCGAAUUGCUCGAUACUUCUGCCGAGGUCGGAAGGCUACAAAUCAAGCUGAAGAGGGUGGAGGCGGAUGGGGAUCGCAUGGGUCGAUGGUGGUUGGAAGAACGUGGUCGGCUCAGGCAGGAAAAGGCUGCCAAUGUGGCCCUAUCCGGGAAGUUGAAAGAGAUGGAGAAGAUCAGCGCGGAGAAUACGAAAGCGAUGGCUUUGGCGGCGACUGAGCACGUGGAGUCGGCCCGACAAAGCAAGGCGUACGCCGAGGAGAGAACGGCUCGGCUGCAGGCGGAGGCGGCGAAGGGCGGAGCGGAGGUGGAGAGGGACGACUUCAAGCGGAAGUACGAAGAGGAGAAGAAAGCGCGGGAGGCGGCGGAACGGGGCGGAAAAUAUGCGGAGAAGGCCAAGCAGGACCUGCAGGAGCGAUUGCGGGCCAUCAACAAUUUGAUUCCUGGCGACAUCAGGGAAUAUAGCAAAUAG